AUGUAGUAAAUCAAUUUAUUCACAAAGCCAAAAGUAGAAACAAAGAAAACCACUUGUGGAGGAAUAUUAGCCCUUUUUACUUUAUUUUCAGUUGGAUUUCUAAUUAUUGGAGAAAUAAUAAGAUCAUUUUAAUUGGAAGUAUUGUCAAUGAUUGAUACCACCAAUAUAGAUGAAAGAAUAAGAGUAAAUUUAAAUAUUACCAUUCACGAUAUGACAUGUUUUGCCUUAUCAUUAGAUUAAUAAGAUAUUACAGGUACACAUUUGGAAGACAUGGAAUAUACAAUACAUAAAUUAAGAAUGAGAGAUGGAAAAUUCAUUAAUAAAGAUUAUGCAGAAAAAGUAAAAUUAUUUGAACAAUCUUUAUAUUAAUGGAAUUGGUAUAAUACUAAUGAAGUAAAUGAUUGUUAUGGAGCAUAAUUAUUUGAAGGAUAAAAAUGUAUAACAUGUUAAGAUGUUUUAUUGGCUUAUGCAAGUCGUGAUUGGCCUUUACCAAGAAAGGAAAAUAUUGAAUAAUGCAAAUAUUCAUAUAUUUAAUAAAAUGGAAGAAGAAUGUUAUUUACAGAAGAUUUUGGAGAAGAAAGAAGAGGAUAAUAAUAUAUAGAUAUGAAUGAUUUAACUGCUAUGGCAUUUACUUAUGGAGAAUCAUGUCAAAUCUUUGGUCAUUUCUAUGUAAAAAGAAUUCCUGGUAAUUUUCAUAUCAGUUUUCAUGGAAAAGGAUAAGCAGUUAGUGUAUAAUAUUAAAUUAUUAAUAAUAGUUGAUUUCUUAAGAUAUUUAAUUAUCACAUACUAUCAAUUGGCUAGAGUUUACACCUUAAAAGUAAGGACCUACUUUUGGUAGAUAUUUUAAAACAACUAAUACACUUGAUGGAACAACACAUUCAUUAGAAUAAAAAGAAGACACUUAAUAUUAUUUAAAGUUAGUUGAAAGUCAUUAUGAAACUUUAUUUAAAGAGACAGAUUUAUAUACAUUUACAGCAUAUGAACAGAAGUAAGAUGUUAAAAGUUAUCUAUAGUCAGAUUGCCAACAAGUGAAAGGUUAACUUAGAUCAUAUUUAAAUAUGAAUUUGAUCCAAUAACAACAAUUUAUAAGAGCAAAAUAUCUUCUUGGACUCAAUUAAUAGUAGCCAUAUUUGCAGUGAUUGGGGGUGUAUUUUCUACCAGUCAAUUUAUAAAUUCAAUUUUUAGUAGAUUAGGGUUAUGA